AUGGAUAAAAUAACGUAAGUAUACUGUUUAUUUAUAAUAAUGUGUAGAGAGAUAAAAUUAAUGUAGCUAUUAGUUUAUAUUUGAUAAUUAUUAUGAAAUAUUCAUUAUUAUCAGUUUAUAUUUCAGGAAAUUAUGUGACUCUACGACAUCUAGAUCCAACGAAAAAAAUAUUAAUUACAAUUCCAUUAAUGAGGUCAAUGAAAUAUUAGCGGAAAGGUUACAAUAUAUUCAGCUUGAUCGAGAAAACAAUAUUAAUGAAGAAUUAGCCAAUAAGUAUAACGAAGAUGGCAAUUUGUAUUUUAUGAGCUGUAAAUAUGAACAAGCUAUAAUAUGUUUUCAAGAAGGCUUGAGUUUGGAUUUUCAAAAUAAUCAACUACGUGCUAACAUGUGGAACAAUUUGUCUGCUGUACACUAUUUUUUAAAAAACUAUAGGUAUAUUGAUAAAAUUAUAACCCAAGUCAUAAAUAAAUAUAAUAUUUAAUUUUUACAUUUUUGAACUAGAUCAAGUUUGGUAACGGCUGAAGAAGUACUUAAAUUAAUGCCAGGUUAUGAAAUAGCAUUCAUAAGAGGUAUCAACUGUUGCAUUCACAUGAAAGAUUUUAAUAAAUCAUUAUUUUAUUGUCAUAUUUAUUUGGGAAAUUUACCGGAGUAUAAGGUAUGACAAAUUGUUUAUUAUAAUUGUAUAUUAUGAGAUAGUAAUUUCGUUUAAUUUUGCAUAAUUAGAAAAUUGAGAUGGAAAAAUCUUUAGUUAUGAACAUAGAGGAGCAAAGAGUACUGAAAGAAAUUAAUAAAAGAGAAUUGUAUGUAGUCGGCCAAAAAGGUAAUUUUAUAUUAUAAUAAUUUUAAUUAUUUAUUUUUACGUAAAAAAUGUACAUGUGUAUGACUCAGGUGGUGAUAUAAUUGGAGACAUAAAAAUUUUAAAUACUGAUGACCCUGACGUGAUCCCACGAGUACAUUUAACAGAAAAUCAACGACUGGUAUGGUCAGUUCUUUUUUUGUGUCCGGAGCAGAAUGCAUCUAUUGUCGUAACAGAUUUUCAUGAAGAUGCUACGUUAGUGUAUAAUUAUUUGCUUCUGAACACUUCUCAAAUUUUUUUUUUCAAUUAUUUUAAUAUUAUAAUAUUAAUUGUGUAACUAAAUUUUUUUUUUAGGUUCUAUAAGAUGUUAGGAGACAUAUUUUCUGAAAGAGCACCAUGGGAUGCCGAAGGUAUUUACACAGCAGACACAAUAAAUAUUUAUAGCGAAAUUCCAGUCAACACUACAACCAGAGUUCUACAAAGAGUGCACCCAGAAUACACAUUAUCAAAUGUAUUGACAUUGUUCAGGUAAACAUAUUGUUUCUUAUAUUUUACAUAUUUUUCGUUCAUGUUCUCCAUUCUCCUAUCAUUAAGCAGCAAUUUCUGUUACACUUUAAUGUUUUGUUGUCGCAAACAAAUAAGCAUUUAUAUAGACAUAAAGUUUUACUUUUCCAGACUUACUAAUUCCCAAGUUUCAUUCGUUAGAUUUAAAAUAAAUAUAGUUUUAAUUUUAUUGUUUUUAGGUGUCCAAUUCAAUAUGGUUUACCAACGUUUAUGAUUGCUAUUUAUGGAGGAAACUAUGACAACGAAUAUUUUGAAGAUUAUGAUAAGUAUGUUAUUUAAGUGAUUUUUCAAAAUUUACAAAAUACAAUUAUUUCGUAACUUAAUUUAAAAAAAUACAUUUGAUAUGUAUUUAUUCAGUAAAAUAUCAAAACCGUUUUAUAAUACAUAUGUAUAAUUAAAUAUUUUUUCAGGUAAGCAUAUUGCAGUGUGUAUCUGAGCUAAGUUAGAUUUGACGUGAAAUCAAUAUUGACAAAUUGAAAAUAAACAUUAAAUAUUAGUAUGAAUGUAUAAGACACACCUAGAAAUCAUUGUUUUAGUUAAUCAGAAAAUUGUAUUUUUUGUAAAUUUAUUUUCAGAAACAUGUUUAAAAUUUAAAGAGUAAUAAACUUAACAAUGAAAAUAUUAAAUUUCUAUUCACCCGGGUUAUUAUAUUUAUGAAUUGGGUGGUAUUGAUNUAUUAUUCUUAUUUUGUUUUUUAAUAUAAAAGUGUAUUUUGUUAAUGGUUUUUAAGAUAUAACCAUUCAUUAUAGCUAUUUUUUUUUAAUGUGUUUAAUUCUUGAAUGUAGUUAUUAUUGUAUAAAGAGAUAUUCUCUAGUCUAUGCAGUAUUUAUCUAAAAUAUGCUAAUUUUUGUAAAUAAGGAUGAUUAGAUUCAUUAGAUAUUAUAGCAUAAGUUUGUGUAGGUUUUAUAUUAUUAUUAAAUCCAAAUUUAUUAUUGAUUAUUUUAAUAUUAUGGUCUAAAAAUUAUAUUUGAUUAUGGGUUUGUAAUUCAAUUGUAAAUUGUAUGUUUUAUUCAUUUUGUUUAAUUUAUUUAACUUAUUUUGUACCUGUCUAUUUGUGCCUUUAAUUAUUAGUAAACUAUUAUCUACAUACCUAUUAGUAUUGUUUAAUAUUGGGAUUUUUAAUCAUGUGCUUGUAAGUAUAUUUCUGACAUAAGUACACUUAAAUUAAUGUCCAUUAAACCUUUAGUUUAUGAAUAUAUUGUAUUAUUAUAAAAUAUAAUUAUAUGGUUUCAUUUAUUGCAAUAGAUUUUAUUUAGUUUAUAGUAGUUAAAUUUUCUUUUACAUUGUUUCUUGCUUUUAAUUUAGUUAUAGAAGUGUAAAGUUUUCUAUUAUCUCAUGAAAUCAUUUUACAACCUUUUGGAAUGUUGAAUUUUUAACGUUAUCAACCAAAUAAUAUGUAUUUUUGGUAGAAUGUGUGUUGUUCAUAUUUCAUUUAGUUUUUACAUAUUUAUCUAAAUAUUUUUCAAGUUCCAAAGGGGAAUAUUUGUAGUUUGAAGGAAGGUUUUAAAAUUUACUUAUUAUUUUAUUAGAUUAUCAUUUUUGUUCAAUUCAACAAAGCGGUGUAGUUAUAGAGGUCGUAUGCUGCUAUAAUUUUUUGUCUUUAGUUUUUAACAUUUCCGUAGAAAGUUUAAUAGUAUUACUUAUCAAUUUUCGAUAAUUUUUAAUUGUAUCAAUGUUCAUUAUUUUUUCAUAUGAAUUCAUUUUUUCAAUUCAGUAUUUUUAAUAACUACUUUUUUGUUAAUAAUUAGCAUUGCAUUAUAUUAUUAACUGUACAAUUUCGCCUUUUUUUUUAAUUCUUUCGGUUAUAGAAUAAAUAUUUAUAUUUAGAAUAAUGGUUUUAUUGUUGUAUUUGUUGAGUAAAAUUAAUUAUGUUGUGUUUUGUUAUUCUUAUACUACUUCUGUUGAAAUAUAUUUAUUGCUCUCAUUGUUGAAUUAAUUUCUUUCAGUGCAUAUUACUGUGGUUAUUUGAUAGUUAAUAUUUUUUUUCGCAUAUUGUUUGGAUUAAGACUGAUUUUUUUUUCUGAGUCAUAGUUUAGAAUUUUUUUUUAUUUAUUUUCUUUAUUUUAACUAAAUAUCUGUUGGCCCAAAGUUUUUAUAGUAGUUACUAUUUACAAAUAGUAUGUGUUCAAUAGAAGUGUCCCUUAUCUUCGUAACCAAAUUACAACAAAGAUGAAGGAUGGGGUUUGGUAAAUCGGUAUAUAAUAAUUAUAUGACUUUGGAACUCUGGACUUUUUUAUUUUACUUAUAACUUCUUUGAAAUUUUACGAUUUUUUUUUUAUGCUUUCUUUGUAUUUGUCUAAUCAUUUACCAUAUAUUCCUAUUAUCAUAUAAAUAAAAACAUUUUUCAUUGAUUAUUAAAAUUGUAAGAUGCAUAUUAUAUAUCGUCCAUAGCAGUGAAAAAAAUUUCUGCAAUUAUUGUUUUUCGUUUAUUUGUGUUGCAUUUGUCAGAAAUUCAAUUUUUAAAUACUUCUAUAAAUUUUUAUUUUGCUGUUAAUAUAUUGUAAAUUUGUUUUUUUCGUUUGGAAAUUAUCUUAUUUUGUUAAUUUAGAUUUUUAAUAUUAUUGUGAUGACCACAAAAAUAAGUUAAAUUUCAUUGAAGGAUAUUUUUUGAUCUGAAUCUUGAAACUCUUAUUACAAUAUACUUUUUAUAUAAUAUUUUUCUAGGUGUUUAUAGCAAUUUAAUAAACGAAUAUUUAAUAUUAUAUGGGUUAUUUUGUACAACAAAAUGGAUGAUUCAAUGUACACAUUUAAACCUUUUCAAUUUACAAUGAUAAAAAAAAUAAUUUUAUAACUUGGCGAUUAGGUAACAUUAUUAGUACCGAUGCCUAUUUGAUCUCGUACAGUAAUUUUUAUGUUCAACAAAAUGUAAGAAAACUUUUUCAUAUUUAAGUAGAAAUAAUUUAGAACACUUAGCUUUGAAACUUAAUUUGAGGAAAUUAUUUUUACUGAACACUACUUUAAUGUACUUCUUUUUUUUCAAUAACUGUAUUAAAUAUUUUGUUGACUUGAUUUUUUAAGUCUAUAUGCUUUAGAUGUAUUGUUUCGAUUCGAGUGAAUGGAUGACAAUAACAUGCCGAAAUAUUCCAUAUGGAUUAAAAUAAAAAACAUGUUUACUGUCAGGUAAUAUUAUUAUUAUAUAUGGCAAUUCAUUUACUAGUGUUCCUUUUGAUACAAGUAAAAACUACAUUUACUUGGGUAAGCUUUGACAAAAAUGUUAUUUAUAAUGCUUCCAGGGAAUUUAGCUAAUGAGUAUGAUAAUGGUGAAAUAAAAUUUAAAGAGAUUCAAGUAUAUGGUGAUAUUCCAAGGCACUACAACCAUAUUUUUGUGAUGGAUGAUAAAGAUAUUUUUUCGAUUGGUGGUGGACUGGACAACCAUUUGGAUGUUCACCUACUCGAUCUAAAUACUACUAAAUGGGAAAAGUAG